UCGGCCGCCAUGAGCCACCCGUCGGGCCUCCGGGCCAGCGUCAGUUCCACCUCAUACCGCCGCACCUUCGGGCCACCGCCCUCCCUGUCCCCUGGGGCCUUCUCCUACUCGUCCAGCUCCCGCUUCUCGAGCAGCCGCUUGCUGGGCUCCGCGUCGCCCAGCUCCUCCGUGCGCUUGGGCAGCUUCCGCGGUCCGCGGGCGGGCGCGGGCGCUCUCCUGCGCUUGCCCUCGGAGCGCCUCGACUUCUCCAUGGCCGAGGCUCUCAACCAGGAGUUCCUGGCCACGCGCUGCAACGAGAAGCAGGAGCUGCAGGAGCUCAACGACCGCUUCGCCAACUUCAUCGAGAAGGUGCGCUUCCUGGAGCAGCAGAACGCGGCCUUGCGCGGGGAGCUGAGCCAGGCCCGCGGCCAGGAGCAGGCGCGCGCCGACCAGCUGUGCCAGCAGGAGCUGCGCGAGCUGCGGAGGGAGCUGGAGCUGCUGGGCCGCGAGCGCGACCGGGUGCAGGUGGAGCGCGACGGGCUGGCGGAGGAUCUGGCGGCGCUCAAGCAGAGGCUGGAGGAGGAGACGCGCAAGCGGGAGGACGCGGAGCACAACCUCGUGCUCUUUCGCAAGGACGUGGACGACGCCACCCUGUCCCGCCUGGAGUUAGAGCGCAAGAUUGAGUCUCUGAUGGAUGAGAUUGAGUUCCUCAAGAAGCUGCACGAGGAGGAGCUGCGAGACCUGCAGGUGAGCGUGGAGAGCCAGCAGGUGCAGCAGGUCGAGGUGGAGGCGACCGUGAAGCCGGAGCUGACGGCGGCGCUGAGGGACAUCCGAGCGCAGUACGAGAGCAUCGCGGCGAAGAACCUGCAGGAGGCAGAGGAGUGGUACAAGUCCAAGUAUGCGGACCUGUCCGACGCUGCCAACCGGAACCACGAGGCCCUGCGCCAGGCCAAGCAGGAGAUGAACGAGUCCCGACGCCAGAUCCAGAGCCUGACGUGCGAGGUGGACGGGCUGCGCGGCACCAACGAGGCGCUGCUCAGACAGCUGCGGGAGCUGGAGGAGCAGUUUGCCCUGGAGGCCGGCGGGUACCAGGCGGGCGCCGCGCGCCUCGAGGAAGAGCUGCGGCAGCUAAAGGAGGAGAUGGCGCGGCACCUGCGCGAGUACCAGGAGCUCCUCAACGUCAAGAUGGCCCUGGACAUCGAGAUCGCCACCUACCGGAAGCUGCUGGAGGGCGAGGAGAGCCGGAUCUCCGUGCCAGUCCAUUCCUUUGCAUCCUUAAGUAUAAAGACGACUGUGCCUGAGGUGGAGCCUCCCCAGGACAGCCGGAAGAUGGUUCUGAUCAAGACCAUUGAGACCCGGAAUGGGGAGCAGGUGGUGACAGAGUCCCAGAAGGAGCAGCGUAGUGAGCUGGACAAGUCUUCUACUCACAGCUACUGAACCCGUUGGUCCAGAGCUCCCUGACCCUUCCCUAGGCCUCCUCUAAGCCUGAACCCCGACGCCAGUCCUGAAUUAGUCUCCUCUCCCUCUGCAUGUAUCUUGGGGAUGACACCAGUCACCCCUUCCCUGGCCAAGCCCUACCCAGCAGCUGUAGCUGGGCCUGUCCCUGCCCUGACACAUAGACAUGAUCAAUAUGUUCCCCUUUUCUCAUCCUGGUAAGACGCCAAUGAUCCCUAGGACUAGUGUGCCCCUGACAUGACCCCAUGAUCAUGCGUGGGCCAGCAUCUGAGUGUCACUUUUGAAUCAAAU